AUGACGAUAUGGAAAGGCCAGUUACAAGAUAUCGAGAUCGCGGCCCAGUUCAAGCAAGAAGAUUGGAGGAGUGCUGGUUUCAGUGAUGCAAAUAGGACUCUCAUGCUCUGCAAUAUCUCAAGGAGAGCGGAUGCGUAUGGAUGUCGUUGUCAACAAAAUGAAGACAAUAUCUCAGUUUAA